ACACCUUCCCUUUGUAUUCGUCAGCCCAUCUACUAGUCCUUCUUUUCUUUCUUACUCUUUUCGUCUACCUUGACCCCAUUUGUCCUGAUUUGGCAAUGGCUUCCUCCCACAUGCAGCACCUAGUCCAUUUCGCUCAAGCGAUCCUAGUACUAGCUGCUAUGGCACUUACGGUACCGCGCCUGUUUAUGGAUUACGAGUACAAGAAAAAAGAGAACCUCCUUGCUUUGACUGCUGGCGCAAAAUCGCUAGUCAUUAUUGCAUAUCAAAUGUUAACAGAACAUGCAUCACGAUUCAAGAAGUGGCACAGUUAUAAGGCCAAUGUCUGGCUUGGCUGUCUUGAGGUCGUGGUCUGGGCUGCCGUUGCUUUUUUUGUUCUGGACACCAACAUAUCAAGAUGUGCAGGUUUAGACUGCACUUUGAGCUGGACUGUGUUUACACUGUCCGUUAUCCUUUCGGUCUCAGAGGUGUACACAACAGCUAUGGCAGUGCGUAAGCUUCGCGAGUACCGUGCAGGGAGACAGCCUGGAAAGACAGCUGUCCAACUUGAGGACUCCUCGUCUACGUUCUCUUCAAUCCACAUUUAUCCUAAGGCUGGCCCGUACUAGGAAAGUAUCUUUUGUUCACAAUAAAGGCUGUGCUCUGCAGACUAGGGGUGACAGUCCACGUGCCUGAAGAUUUGGAGCUCAUCGCUGAGUCGCCAUUUGGCUGCGAUGAACAUGAGGCGAGAACCCCUUGUUGGGCCGAACAUUUGAGGGAAAGCAUAAACGAUGUUCACAUUAGCUUGACCACUUUCAUACACCUCGCAUUCAUAUUUAGAC